AUGCGGCAUGUCACGUUCUUUCGUUUUUUCGUCUUCCUCGCGGCCCUGGGCCUGAUCGGUGGGAAGGCAGAGACUUGGACGCUUAGAGCUGGAGGCCUCGAGUUCCAGCUGCAAGCAUCGCAGGGGGCCUUGCAGGGCACCGUGACGUGGAAGCCAAGGUCCGGCGAUGCUUCAACGCCCGGGAAGUGGCAGUGCAAUCGCCUUCGUUUGGAGCCAUUGUUUGACAUCGAGGCGCAUUUGCCAGAGAGGCCAAUGACAGAGAUCACUGGGGUGAACUCAUCGCAGUGCAUCAUGCGUGAGGCCCCAGUCGUGGAAUUCAGCCGGCUUUCCCUCCAACUCGACUGCCCGCUUGGCCUCCAUGUUGCUUGGAGCGUGACCAUGCAAUCUGCACAGUCGGGGGCAGAAGAUGACGGCCUUGCAGCUUUCCUCAGGGUUUCCGCCAAACUGGCAGCCGAUCGUGCUUUCCCGGGAAAGUUGGUAUUACUCGCUGUAAGCACUGAGCACACUGCGAGCUGCGGCCAGACAUUGUCGACUGGUAGCGUUCCUGGAUCGCCUAUCCUGCUUGACGACCAGUUCUUUGCUGCGGUGGAGCAUCCGCUCGCUGCGCAUGACCUGAACAAGACCUCUGGCAGUGAUUUGGUGGGCUCCGUCAAUCAUUUAGCAUCGAUGGACUGGAAGACUGAAAGUUUUGGCUACGGCGCGGUCAUAGGUGCCUUUGCAGAAAAGUCGCAAGCUCGUCGUUCUUUCAACCUAUACUUGUCACAAGCUCGCCCACAGUCCUGGCAAGGGCCACUCGUCCAUUACAACAGUUGGUACGACUUCACUUCAUGGCAAGAUCAGUCUUUCUUCGAUCCUCGCCGUGCAACCACAGUUCAGCAAAGCCUUUGGUUGCGACAGCUGCUGGCUGAGUUGUCGCAAGACCAAAUGAACGAGACUUCUGCGCUUGAGAAGAUUAGCACUUUUCAUGAUGAGUUAGUCGCGAAGCGGGGUGUGCAGAUUGACUCAUUCUUGUGGGACGACGGCUGGGACGAUCCACAGCGAGGAAUGUGGGCUUUCAAUGUGGCAAGAUUUCCGAACGGCUUUGACAACUUGGUGCGAGCGGCAGACUCCAGAAACUGUAGCAAUGGCAUCUGGCUUUCUCCCUGGGGUGGCUAUGGUGAGGCGAAGGACCUGCGAGUAGCGGAAGCAAAGCGACGAGGCCUGGAAGUCAACGAGCACGGCCUUUCUCUUGCAGGCCCUAUGUACAGAGCGAAGUUCACAGCAGCAGCUGCCAGUUUCCGGCACGAGGCGGGUGUUAACUUAUUCAAGUUUGAUGGCAUUGCUGGCGACCCGAAUGAAGUUCCAGGUGAGAUCGAAGCCAUGCUUUCGUUCUCGCAUGCUCUGCGAGAAGUGGAACCAAAAAACCACGUUGCCAGACAGAGGAGUGUGGCUGCAAAGGAUCGAAUCUGGAUCAACUUGACCACGGGGACCUGGCCCAGUCCGUUCUUCCUUCUUUGGGUGGACAGCAUCUGGCGGGGCCACCGAGACGUUCUUGCCUUCUCCGAAGAUGAGCGGCCGGGUUUGACCAUCCGACAGCGCUGGCAGCUCUUCCGUGAGUGCAUUAUCUCAGCAGCCAUUGUGCAACGCGCGAGGUUCUUCCCCAUAUCGCGCCUCAUGAUCCAUGGCGCUGUUUUGUCAAAGCAUGGUGAUGCUCGGGCGCUUGGGCUCCAUCUUGCUAACGAGCUCGAUUGGGCACAGGAAGUUUGGUCGCAUGCUUCGCUGGGCCUAUUGCUGCAGGAGCUUUAUGUUUCGCCUGACCUCAUGGAUCCAGGUCGGUGGGAUGUCCUGGCCGAGGCUUUGCAGUGGGCACGGAAGAAUUCACUGACACUUGAAGACACGCAUUGGGCUAUCUUCCGUGCGUGCGAGCUGGGGCCUUAUGGCUGGGCAGCCUGGCGAGAUGGUCUGGGCUUCUUAACCUUAAGGAAUCCAUCCACUAAAAAAUCUGCGAAGCCCAAGAUUAAGACGGACGUUUUCACGAUGCAAGAUGCUUUCGAGCUGCCAUCCGGCGACAUGGGUCAUCUCCAAUUUCGUAUUGUGAAGAGGUUUGCGAGUUCACCCAGCAAGUGGCGGUGUAGCUCGCUUCAUGGAGCGAAGCGGCAGCAGGGUGAAUGCGUGAUCGCUUCCGAUAAGCAGACGUAUGUUGAGCUGGAUGAUGCGGAGCUCGUGAUUCUAGAAUUUCGCCGCGCAGUUUCUCACCCCGAUCUCGCUGCCGUUGGUGACAGCUCAAUGCAUCUCAAUGCCAUUAUGAUGGCGGGCGGUUUGGAUCUGGAGAUCGGAGGGCGAGACGAGCUGCAGGCGGCCCACGGAAGGCGGACGAAGGUGGAGCCCCACAUCAAGCGGAGAGGAUGGAUGUUCGAUCCCGUCCAACGCCGCUGGUUGGUUGGAUUGGUCUUGUGGGCACUGGUGCCGUUCGAGAAUGCGGAGCCAACUGAGUUCACGUCUUGGUUUCCUGCAGUGGAAAUCGAAGACUAUGAGUGCCGGCGUGAAUUCAAGGGCCAGCCUAUUGUGAACUGGCCUUUCUUGCGACAGCGACUUGGCGAUUUGGUGAAAUCGACGCUGGACGAUCGCAGCUUGUUGAUCAGAGAGGAUGCUGCAGCUGCGGCCAAGCGUGAGGCCCUGCAGCUCGAAAUCCUGGAGAUUGCUGCCGUGGUGUUGUGGCGCUUCCCACAUGCAUUAAACGAGUGCCCCUUCGGAGCCGUUACAGCGUCCAUUUUCGCUACAUGCAUGGCUUACCUGGACAGCAGCCGGCUUUCGUCAAGCCCCCUACAGGCCGCGUACACCAAGCUCCUGGAGCAUUUGAAAAGAGACACACUGAUCGAGCUUUUGUCCCGUGAUCUGUCCGUCCUGCUGGACCUGGCGCCCCUGCACGUGACAGCUGCAACGGAGUGGAACACAUUUGCAGUGCUGCAUAUCUACUUGUCCGAAAUCCAGCCGCACCAGCUGGAGGAGAUUCCACCAGACAGCCUUGUGUGCAAAGGCGUGUCGGUUGCCGGCUAUACAUCUGAGCGCAUGCUGGACAUGAUCAAGCGUCACACACCCUACGCAUCUGGACGUGACAUCGAGGGCCUGAAGUUUUUACGUGGCUUGGACGGACUAGUCUCUGCAACGAUGAAAGAUCCCAGGGAGUUCUCAACAACCUAUGUACCGACAUGUCCUGCGGGCGCUGCGGCAUUUGGAGUUUCAGCUGCCAUGUUGGCCCUGAUGUCCAAUCCUUCCCUCUUUGAGCGCUUCAGCAAUAUGGCCCAUGGGAUAAUGCGAUCCUUCACCCCGGAGAUCCUGAGGGCUGCUGCAGUUUGGGGAGUCUUUCAUGGAUUGGCAAAGAUGGGAAUGUUUGCACUUCGCUCCUACGACCUUGUGUGGUCUGCCGACGAACUUUGCGAGCUGCCUGCCGAGCCGCACGCUUUUGAUGCUUUGCGAUUGGAUCCUGCUUUGAGGUUGACGCACCUAUCUGCAAAUGCUGGAAAGCACGGACACUCAUUAACUCGGCUGGUUACUUCGUUCCUGGCGCAGUUGAAAUCUGUGCGAGAAGAUCCAGAGGUAAUGGUCUAUGUGACUGCUGUUGGUGGCCUGCCUUUUGCGAACUACAUUACGGGAUUCAUCAAGCGAGCUUUGGUGGUUGGCCUGCCGGCGCUGAUCGUGGCGUGCAUGGACCAGGAUGCGUUUGCCAAGUGCAACCAGGCUGUUGCAGAUGCUCAGCUGGACUUGUAUCGCGAGCCCCCAAAAGAAACGACGGUCCUGUGCGUCCCGGCGGUGGAAGGACACGUGAUCUACAUCAAGCAUGCCUUCCUACCGAUGCUACUUAGCGCUGCAAUAGACACGGUCUGGAUCGACUUUGACACCUUCAUCUUGCAGGAGCCCUCGCCUCAGCUGCGGGCGGCACGCGAUGCGCCGGCGCGAGUCCUGCCACAACGCUCGCGAGUCCGAUUUGGCUCCUUCUUGUUCGACAACACGACGGACCUGUGCUCCUUGUCAAAGAUCUGCGACCCGAGGCAGUACUGGACGUACAACUUGACGUCCUCGACCCCAGAAUCUGCAUUGGACCAUCAAGGAGUCGAAGUCUUAGUCACGGAACAUUGGGAUGCCCGCUGCCUGAACAAUGGCCUGUUCUAUGUACGCGCAACAUAUCGGACGUUGGUGUUUUUCGCUCUAUUCUUGAGACAGAUCUACGUGAACCCAUACACCGACAACCAAAAUCUGUUUGAUGCAUUUCUUGCCCAUUCCACCGUGGACUCUGCAGUGCCGGAAGCCAGACCUAUACUGAACUAUGCAUUGCUGGACAUCGAAAAUAAGUUUGGCUGUGCCGAAGGCCACGUCAACGAAGCAGCCCCGGGGCAUGAAGACGGCUUGAGCACCUUUCAUUUCUGGGCGUCGGACUUCCGAACACGUGAGGCCGCGGGAGAGGAGAACUCGACCGCUGCCCGCAUCGUCAACCGAAAUGGGGUGGAGCGCGUGGCCAAGGUUCGGGCGGGAAAGGAUGACUUAUUCGAGAUCUUCUUUGGACCUGCUGCCCAAGCGGCUUAUGCAAACGGUGUGCCGGAAGCCGGAGCUGCCUUUAUAAAACAAGUUCGAGCGCCGAAGCCGAACUGGAAAGGCAUGUGUGCUGUUACGGCCGUGGGUGUGGAGGAGCUCGUGGAUGAACGCAUGCUCCAAGGUGAACAGACUCUCAUCGACUGGAAAGCUGCUACUCAUGUCACCGACGUCACCGAGACCGGGCCUUUGGAGACCCUCGAACUCUCCGAUCCCGUCACGUCGACAUCGGGAUGCGAUCGAGCACCACGUUGUAUGGACAUACCCUUGGAGGAGUGGACGUCGGCGUUGAAAAGCGUCGGAGAGCUUGGAAGCGUCCUGGAAGAGGCAGAGAUGUCUCAGCUCAAAGCUCGGCUCCGGAGCUUGGAUGUUGGGGUUUUGCUGACCGCUCGGGCCUUCAAAUCGAUGGGUCAGCAGACCUUGGCCAGAGAGCUCCGGGAGGUGCUGCGCCACCCGCAGACAUCCGCCACUUGA